CAAACACGAAAACUGUGUACACUUCCACUUAUAAAAGGAACUCUGCAAUGAUGGUAAGCAACAAUAGCACAGAUUGCAGCGUUGAUGACAAUUUUAAAUACACCCUGUAUGGCUGCAUGUUUAGCAUGGUGUUUGUGCUUGGACUGAUAGCAAACUGUGUUGCCUUAUAUAUUUUUGGUUGUACCUUAAAGGUGCGGAACGAGACAACAACGUACAUGAUAAAUUUGGCAAUAUCAGACCUUCUGUUUGUAUUUACGCUGCCUUUCAGGAUUUUCUAUUUUGUGGCUAGAAACUGGCCUUUUGGAGAUAUCCUGUGCAAGAUAUCCGUCACUCUGUUUUAUACAAAUAUGUAUGGAAGCAUCCUGUUUCUGACUUGCAUUAGCGUUGAUCGGUUUUUGGCCAUCGUCUACCCCUUUCAGUCAAAGACUAUCAGGACGAAAAAAAAUGCAAAAAUCGUAUGCCUCGGAGUGUGGCUCACAGUGAUAGCAGGGAGUGUACCGGCGAGUUUCUUUCGUUCUACUAAUGCAGUGUACAAGAGCAAUAACACAGAAACCUGCUUUGAGAACUUCUCAAGUGACACAUGGAAAACAUACUUAUCCAAGAUCGUAAUCUUCAUCGAAAUAGUGGGGUUCUUUAUACCCCUAAUUCUCAACGUAUUCUGUUCCACGGUGGUUUUAAAGACUCUGAAAAGGCCGAUCACGUUAAGCAGAAGCAAAGUGAACAAAAAAAAGGUGUUGAAGAUGAUCGUUGUUCACCUGAUGAUCUUUUGUUUUUGCUUCAUACCAUAUAACGUAAACCUGGUGCUCUAUUCUCUCAUGAGGACUCAAUCUUUCAGCAACUGCUCAGUAAAGGCAGCAGUAAGGACUAUGUACCCCAUCACAUUAUGCAUAGCUGUGACCAACUGUUGCUUCGACCCUAUUAUUUAUUACUUUACAUCUGAAACCAUUCAGAAUUCAAUUAAAAAACGAAACAGACCAAGCAGGAAAGAUUCACGCUAUUCGGACACUUUUGUAACUGAAAACUUUAUCCAGCAUAACCUACAGACACUGAAGUCUAAAAUAUUUGAUAAUGAAUCUACAAUAUGACGGGGGUGCUGCUUAUGGCUUGGCGUGAAUAUGGGUUGCAAAUGUAAUGUUAACACCUACUGAUGCAGAUAGUUGUGUAAAAAGAGCAUGGGGAGAACUGGAAUGUUGGGCUAAAAGUCAAUAAUAGUGUUUUUUUUCUGGCAAUCUGUGGAGUCACAGAGAAAUAAGAACUUUUUUUGUUUAGAACUGUACCAAAAUGCAGGCCGGUAAUGUUAAAACUGCACACCCUAGCUGCCAAGAACUGCAACUCCCAGCAUCUAUCACCAGCAGCAGGUUUGAAUGCUGGUAGCUCUUUGUUAGAUUGCUCUGGAAAUAAACUGUUAGUAUUAAUAUGUAUUUUGGUGAAAAAAAACAUUCACCUUUUCUCAGAGGCUGUAUCUACUUUAUGUAUGAAACAAAGCUAGGUGACACACCUCUUUAUGGUCUGCCAGUACUGUCUCAGUAAGGUUGCCGCAGUGUGUACUGUGUGUAUGUGGGUGUGUGUGUAUUCAGAUGUCUCCUUUACCUUCACUUUCAGAAUGAUUUUACAAUAUCCGGCAUACAGAGAAACUCCUUUAUAAUACACAAGAGCCAUGAAUAUCCUGUAAAUUAUAUCCUUAUUAACGGUGCUUAGUGAUGUCAUCGGCUAUAAUCGGAGCUUAGUGGUGUCAUUUCUGUCACAUGACUCACUGAAACUUGUGUUUUAUAAUAAAUAAAGUACCCCCUGUUGCAAAAUAGGAGGAUAAUAGAAGUAGAAGUCACCUUGGAGUUCCAUGACCUGUAUGAAAACACUCAGCCUUCGGCCACAUCUUUUAUAUGGUCAUGGAACUACUUGGGAACUUAUAAUAUCCUUUUAUUUUACAAUAGGAGGUAUUUUAUUCCCUAUAUAUCUCCUGCUUUGAAUGUGUGUUUAUUUAUGACUGCUGUAUGUGUGGGAUAAGUGUGUUUAUUCUUGGGAGACACACAUUACAGGUCUCCAAAGGGUUUGAGCUGAGACCAUUUUGAAUUUCCUUCUUAUAGAAGGCGCACUAGAAAAGUAUAUUACUGAAAUUAAAUUGUUAAAUAUGCUCUUCAAGAACACUGCAAAUGUAUAGCUAACUAUUGUGCUCUGUAAGGACACCUUUUUGUCACAAUCUUAUCAUGAAUGUAAAUGAAAGCAAAUAUUUUUAUGAAGUUGGCACUUUAACGGAGAUGCAUGGGUCAACUUUUCUUCUCUAAUUAAAACAGUGACAUUGUG